UCAAAGCCCAGAGUGAAUCUUUUUUGCACUGCCCUCCUCUCUCAGUCACGUGCACUCUCACUCUCACCCUCUUUCACACCAUUCACCUCUUGCCUUCCCUCUCUGAAUCCUUUUGCUCUCUCUUUCUAUCUCCCUGAGGCUUUCUGGAGGAAUUUUUACCUUAGAGUGCCUGUCAAGCAGUAAGAAGAAGCUCUCAAGAAGACAGAAGACAGACCAGGUGGAGAGACUGAGCAGAGUAGCGGAGUCAGUAUGCCGUGUGUGAGCUUCCUGUUGGUGGGGACUUGCCUGCUGGUCCUCGGCCCGGCUGUUUGGGGCGCCCCCAGCCAGUGCCCGGCUCAGUGUCACUGCCAUGGGGACCUGCAGCAUGUCAUCUGUGACAACGUGGGGCUGAAGAAGAUCCCGCAGGUGUCCGAGGCCACCCGUCUGCUCAACCUGCAAAGGAACAACCUGGGUAGCCUGCCCACUGGCUCCUUCGCCAGCAGCAAGGGUCUCAUCUCGUUGCACAUGCAGCACUGCCAGCUCCAUGAGAUUGGCGGCCAGGCCUUCAAGGGACUCAAGAAGCUAAUCUACCUCUACCUGUCCAACAACGAGAUCACCAGCAUCAAGCCAGGUGCCUUCGAGGACCUCACUGAGCUCACUUACCUCUACCUGGAUGGCAACCGCAUCAGCGACCUGCCCAAGGGAAUCUUCUCACCCAUGAUCAACCUGUUCAUCCUGCAGCUCAACGACAACAAGCUGCGUGACAUCAAGCCAGGCACCUUCGCCGGAGCCAAAGACCUGCGCUGGUUGCACAUGAGUGGCAAUGAGAUGAACUCGCUGCAGCCGGGCUCUCUGGACGAUGUGGAGAACCUGGCCAUCCUGCACCUGGACAGGAACAGGCUGUCCACCUAUCCUGGCCUGGCCAUGAGCAAGCUGAGAGUGGUGGAGGAACUGAGCCUGGCCAAGAACCCCCUGAGGAGCAUCCCCGACAACGCCUUCCAGAGCUUCGGACGCUACAUGGAGAAGCUGAACCUGGAUGGCAUGGGGCUGGAAAAGUUCUCUGACGCUGCAUUCAAUGGAGUGACGGCCAUCAAGUCUCUGCACCUGGACAACAACAAGCUCAAGUCCCUCCCCAACAGCCUGGAGUUCACCACUAUCACCAACCUCACGCUCUCCAACAACCCCUGGAGCUGCACCUGCAUGCUUGCCCCUCUGCGCAAGUGGAUGGACUCUAGCCGCCAGCGCCCUGAUGCGCUCUGUUCAUCUCCAUCCUCACAGAGAGGAAAGCAGAUUAGAGACAGUUCUGCCUUCAGCAGCUGCAAAGUCAAGACAAAGAGAGCCAAGAAGGGCACGCGCCAUUAAAAGAGGAGACGCUGCCUGAGGGGAAAGGCCUGUCCAGGUGACGGGCUCUGUACGUGUGCAGAGAAAGAAAGAAAUAAAGCAACUCUAACUGCUACUUCAAGACUGUCCAACUCACUAUCUGUCAAAUCUCAAUUUCACAUGUACACACAGGAAGUGAUACAUGACACAAACACAUGCACACAAAAAACACAAACAGAAAACCAAAAGGCUUACACGAAGCAGAGACUCAAGAAAACACUUGUACACAAGUGGAAGAAUUGUGUGGUUCAGUUAAAAGACAACAUUCACACAACCCACACACAACCUUUAUCAAUACAAACACACACCUUUCUUUCACCCCACUCUCUUUUCAACGGCUGAGGAAUUUGUCAAGCGUCCUACAACCAACACAUAGACAAACAGCCAUGUUGACUCUCCUCGACGCCAGCUUUACACCUUCACACCUUCAGCUUUACACCUUCACCUUUCAGGACCCUGCCGCCUACUGCCACAGCAAUGGCCUACAUAAUUCCCCAACUAUGGGUCACUCCGUUGGUCAUGUCUCGCUGUCUCGCUUCUCCUGUGAGAAAUUCUCUGUCAGACUGAGAAAACAUCCUGAAAGGACUGUGACCAUAAAACGGACGUUGACGUAGCGUGACCCCUCUCAAACUCUGACCAAAGGUAAACGAUACAUCACAGCGCAGGCGGCUGAGGACUUUUUCUGAAAGGGUUUAUGAGACAACGGAGCGAUGGCAGGUCAAAGUUGAGAAGGAACAGUCAGAGACGACAUGAACAAAGAGAGGACUCCAGUUUUCCAGCAGUAUCUUUCGUUUAACGAAUGAAUACAUACAAAGGACAAUCUCCCUAGAGAUAUAAAGAUACUUUAUUCUUACAUGAAUUAAGUUUAAAAGGGUUUGCAAUGCAUUUAAAUAUGUUAUCACAGGGGGAAAUGGUGUACAGUUCAAAAUGGAUAUGAGAAAAGGUGGCAGAGGUGUCAUGUCUUUGACUAAAUAAGUAAUAUACUAAAUAUUUUGCCUUUUCCAUCCACCCUGCUGUGGCAAUGCUUCAUUUGUUAGCAGACACACCCAGACAGUCUGUGUUACAUUUCAUUUAAAGUAAUUGAUUGACAUUGAAAAUAUAUAUUUUUUACUGCUAAGUCAAUGGAUUGUCUAUAAGCAUCAUAUAAGCAUAAGCAUACUCUGCGAGUAUCAUAACUCUUAAGAUUUGGCUCUUCUUUUUUAUGUAUAUUGAACAUCAUAAAUGUAUUUUUUUGACUUUUGGAGGUGAACAACUCACAUCCAAUAAACAUCUGAGAAAUAAAGAUGUAACCUUG